UCCUUUUAUUUCCCUCGCUCCGCACCAAAUUUAGAUCGAUCCAGUGGCCUUCUUCCCCUUUUUCCCUCUUUGUUUUCUAUCUCUCAUCUUAUCGAGUCCACGACUCAUUGGCGGAGAAGCUGGAAGAGCAGCUCAAGGAGCUGGGAUCCAAGUUGGAAUCUCCUUUAUCUGCGAAGGACGCCAUUCUCAAGCUGUUAAAGGCAAUCAUUCUUCAACUUUAUUACUUCUCCACUGAACUUUAGAUUGCUUAGCUAAAGUUUGUUCCUAAUUGGUUGAAUUAGGGUUGUUCCCAUAAUUCACAAAGUUUCUCCUAGUCAUGGUUCUUCUACAGCCAGACCCUUUUCUUAAUGAACUUACGAGCAUGUUUGAGCGAAGCACUAAGACCGGCUCUGUUUGGGUUACUCUUAAACGAUCAAGCUGCUACAUGUCUCUCUGAGAUUGACCAGUCUCCACCAUCAUCAAUAGUGGAAUCAAUGCAGCCUCUUCUUAAUGCAAUAUUCAAGCAAGAACUGCUGAAUCAUCAAGAUCGGGAAGCCAAACUUCGAGUUGCAACCUGUAUUUGUGAGAUAACUCGGAUAAUUGCGUCUGAUGCGCCUUAUAGUGAUGAUAUUCUAAAGGAUAUUUUUAGCUUGAUUGUUGGAACUUUCAAUGGAUUGAGCGAUACUAGUGGUCCAUCAUUUGGAAGGAGAGUUGUAAUUUUGGAGACUCUUGCAAAAUAUAGAUCCUGUGUUGUGAUGUUGGAUCUUGAAUGUGAUGAUUUGGUUAAUGAAAUGUUCAGUACAUUUUUUAAAAUGCAAUUUUACAACAAAGCAAACUGGUCUGGAACUAGGAAUCAGUUUCCAGGUGCUUCGAUCUCUGACGUAGAAGGAAGAAUACACAACCUAGAAAAGGAUUUACAGCAGAAUCCUGAUUCGAGUGGAAAUGUCACAACAUUGGUUUCUUUGAGGAAGGAAUUAUGGAGACUAUAUAAAAUCGAGGAGCAAAUUUGGUUUCAAAAAUUGAGAGCAAAAUGGGUGAAAGAUGGAGAUCGUAACUCAAGAUUUUUUUAUACCUGUGCAUCCAUUAGGAAAAGACUAAAUUCCAUGAACGCUCUAAAUGUAAAGGGUGAGACCAUUAAAGAUCCGUCUCUCAUUAAUGGGUUUUGUUUGGUUUGA